AUGAAUUUUAUUAAAACUAAUAAAAUUUUUGUAGCAUUUCUAUUUCUUUAUUUAACAUUUAUUCAAUUUGGAGAAAGUUUUUUAUCAAGUUUGAAUUUAGAAAAUCUUAAUAUAAUAAAAAAACGUGGUUUAACACUUGGUGCUACAGGAACUCUUGCUGAACAAUUAGCUAAAUAUCAUGAAGAAAAUCAAAAAGAACGUGUAACAGAACAUUUUAAAGAUCCUUCUGAUCCAAACUCUUAUGGAUAA